AUGGCUAACGUCCGCCGCGCGCUACAGCAUAUUGUGACGGAGCUCCAGCAGCAGCACCGGCAGCAUCAAACGGUGUCGUCGAGUACUGUGGAUGAGGAAGGCCGAGCCUCUGCCGAUGACAGGACCUCUGCACAUCUUGCGCUCCCUGUACCUUGCGCCUCGACCUCGUGCACUGAUGUGACGUGCUCAACCUCGCCGGACACGGCGGAGCAGCAGUGUGAGAGGCGUCGCCUACUUUUCCUGGCCGAGUGGGCGCAGCGAGUGGCAGCGGCGUAUGUGCCGAUCAUGCCGUCUGCUGCGCAGGGGGCCGCGGCAUCCUUGCUAGUGGUGCGCCCCGUCUCGCACGACACCGUCGCUCGGGACGCGGCCGCAAGUGCAACCGGCACGUCACCGACUCUCUCCACUGAAGCGCGGUGGCGACUGGCUGGACCGGCCGUGGCCGCUGCGGUGGCGGACGCCGCGCCGGAGCGCGAAACGUCCGCGUUCUUCCCAGGGGCCAAAGCGGGCCUGCCGCCGGUGCGCUGCGCGAGCGUGUCAGUGGAACGGCGACUGAGCUACCCGGACGGAUGCCCCAACGCACAUGGGGACAGAGCAGCGCCCGUCUCGGCUAGCACCCAUAAUGACUUACUGUUGCUUCCGCAUACAAUCACGACAGCAGCUGCUGCAAUGUCGCGCUUGUCCUCUCCCCCGCCGCCGAUCACCCCGCGCGGUCGCGCACCGCUAUGCCGUGUGGUUGGUGAGCCCUUCGACAUACCCGCCACACCGGCAGAGCAGCGUGCCGUCCUCGCUGCGCAGGGUGGCUGUUGCGCUCGAUGCGGCGUCGUCUUGCCGCAGCCACAGCUCCACUUCUCUGAGUGGUGCUCCGCGCAUACUCGGCGCAUCCAAACAAAACUGGCCGGCCUGUGUUGCUGCUUGCAGCGCUGCUGCUGUGGCGGUGGUCAGACGGCCACAUUGUCGCCGCGUCGUCGCAAAUUCUGGCACGCGUGCAUGUGCACGUCGAGAGGCAGCUCUUCUGCCGAAGACGAGGAGGACGGGAGGUCGGAUGCCGUCACUGCAGUCCACGUAACACAAGAAGCCACCGGUGGCAGUGGAGGUGUACGACACAACGCAAGGGCUCCGCUGGAUGCACCGGAGAGCGAAGACGUUGGUGGUGCCGCAAGUGAGCGCGAUGGGCUGCUAGGCGGAGGCACGCGGUCGAACAGGCACAGCCGCACGCGGGCCGCCUGUGAUCACCACGGCAGCGACAGGACCGGUGACAGGGGCGGCGGCGCGCCUGCAGAUACAUCCCUUCUCUUCUGUACGUGUGAGGGCCACUACCUGUGCUUGCGCUGCUUCCAUGCCCCGCUUACGGCAGCAGGCGCCAUCAGUGGCACAUUCAUCCCGGAAGACUACCCGAUUUGCAAUGUAGCGCCGGAGGAACGGAAGGCACACGGCUCUUCGACAGCGUCAUCGUCUUCGUCCUUCGCGUUGUGCCAGUCGCGCCGGCGCGGCAACGGUGGUGGUGAAGUCGCCGAUGGGUCGUCCGCGCGCGCAGCUCUUGCGAGCGCAUCGGACCAGUUGCACGAGUGGUGGCUGACACACCACGUGGCCCACCCCACGCCCGCCGCUGGCACCCUUACCCCCACGGGGAGUAGAGCCGCUAGUGGGAUAGAUUAUCCACCACAGCAGCAACACCAGCAGCAGCCCGCGUCACCUCUGCACCUGUGCGUCCUCCCUGCUCAUGUGCUGCAUCGAUGGAACUUCACACGUUUUCCUGUGUCUGCCGCUGCGGCCGCCGCGCUGCAGCGGCGAUGCUACCCCGGCAGCGCUCACAGCCGAGAGAGCUGCCUGUCACCAGGGGCUUCCAGCCUAGAGCGUGGUGGGCAGCGCACCACCGUGGGUGGCGGUGUGAGGAGCAGAAUGAGCGGUGAAGGCUCGCCGACUUUUCUCCCUGGGGAGCAGCAGGGAGCGCGAGGGCAUCAGAGCGCUCCAGCGAGUCCUCCUCCGCCGCCCCUGGAGCACGUCCCUUACCUUACCGGAGAAGCUGGUGAGGCAGCUCCGCCGAUGGUGCAGCUUCCUGAGCUCUACGACGUGUCCGUCAUCAACCCCUCCCUGUACGAGCGCGUCCCGGCCCUCGCCUCGGCAUUGCGGCUACGACAGCGGAUGAGUCUCCUGCACGCACAGGCUUGGUGGUGCCCGCGGUACAGACGUGAAGUCUGGGGGUUGCGGAGCGGAGACGAGCUGGCCGGUCAGGUGCUGGAAGGGGCGACAGCGCUUUCUGUGGCGCAGCAGCCACCAGAGCCUUCCUCCACGGUAGAGCAUACCGUGAAAUACCCUCCAAGUCCGGCAGCAGUGGUGGAGAGCGCGGUGGACAGCGCUGACCUCUAUCUGCCGACGCAAGAUGUAGCUCCCGCUCCCCACUCCUCAUGGGCGGCGGCGGCGGCAUCACGCUCGCACAGCGCGGCAACACCGCAGGCGGGGUCUCUCUCUGGCGGAGUCGCUGGAGCCUCCCUGCCCCACCGACACCCGUUCGCAUCAGGCGUGACGGCAGUGCCGCUGACGCCGCCGACGUAUGCGCACUUCCACGCGCGCCGUCGCUACCUUGUGGAGCAAGCUGAAGGCUGGUCUCUCCAAGACCUUCACCGGCUGACAACGCCGUCGUCGUCGACCCCCACUAGUGCAGCCGCCGCCUCGUCGCCGCCGCUACUGCUCGCAGAGCUGCAGAGCAUGUUCGAUAUUAUGCAAGCGCACCUCAAUAACUGCAGCGGCUGCGCAGCGCAGUGCCGCGGGUUGAUGGUGAAGGCACCCCUCGGACUGCCAGUGUGCCAUGAUUGA